CGUGGAGAGGGCAAGAACCUAGACCUCGAAGAAUUGCCAAGAGAGCGGUUGGAGAGGGAGCGUAUCCUGUAUCUGUCGGGCGAGCAGAGGCUCAACUACCUGGUCUAUGUGGAUGACAAUGGGCUUUUGAGAUGGGACAGGAACGACGAGUCGAUACCGCCCGUAAUCGAUGGAAAGACGCCGGACAUGGCAAAGGCAUCAUCCCAAAUGACGAUCGCAAGACAGGAUUCACACCUGGUGAUGAAUCAGACUCUUCCUCACUCACCUCAGACUCCUCGGCGAGCUACUCCGCCGGAUCGGAUCUACAUGAGAAUGAAGACACGCACUACGUGGGACUCGAUAAGCCGAACGGUAACAAUUGGUUCUCAAGGCAGAAGAAUAAGCUUGGACCAAAGGGUAUCAAGAAGAAGCUGUUGCGGAAGACGAUCAGACGGAAUACCUGGAUCUACGUGUCCGACCUGAACAUGAACUUUUUUAUGGAAGACAAGGGUGCAGAUUUGUCUCACGUCAAGAUAGCCAAGAGUGUCAUGACAUUAUGGGGACUUGGCAAAUACGGCUCCGCUACGAAGAAGGAGAAGAACCUCGUCACCAAAUUCAAAUCAGCUGUCGGCCUUUCACACGAGCAGACAGAAGAGGAGAAAUCUCAAGAGCUCAAGGAGAAUGCCGAAGCUGAAGAGAGGGAGCACCAGGAUCGUAUAAGAGCCAUCAGAGCACGGGUUCGGCGAGAGAUCCUGUAUGGAAGGAAAAAGGAGAAGGAGCAAAAGAAGGAGGAUACGGCGGCGGCGUUGCGCACAGCUUGAGGAAAGGCAGGCUCCCGGGAAUUUGUGCUUGGGAUCUGCUCGGAGAACAUCAUGACCAUGGGUUCAUCUAGUAAUGUCAGAGACGAUUGUAACGAUUAUUAUGCACGCCGUCUUGCCUGC